AUGGCGCCUCAAGGAGACCAGUUCUCUGCGCCUGGCUCAGCGAGCUAUGGAUCCGGUACCAUGACUGUUGGCGAUGGAACGUGGGAAUUCUCAAAGAAUACCUUCUUGCUUCCUAAUCUCCAGGGCGUCAAUUUUGAUACAAUGCGGUACAAUGGUAUGGGUAAUCGUUUCGCCACACUUCCUCAAUAUCAUCGAAUCGUCCUAGCCCACGGAAUUAUGGGAGCUCUCAUUUUCCUUCUCUUAGUUCCCGUUUCGGUCAUGCUGGCCAGGUUCUAUGCUCGAGAACCGGGUUACGCAGUCGUAUAUCAUGCACAGCUCCAGGUCUUUUCUGGGCUGCUGCUUCUUGCUGUCUUUAUUUUGGGCUUCUUUGCCGUUGGCCCAGAGCGCAAUUUAACGAACCCGCACCACGGAAUUGGCGUGGCCAUUUUCGUCUUAUUUAUUCUUCAGCUUGUUGGCGGGCGAUUGGUGCGACACAUCACCAAAAUGAGGUCUCUUCGCAUUAUGAUCCAUCAGUGGUCCGGCAGAGCAAUUGCUCUUCUGGGAAUCGUUCAAGUACCUCUUGGCCUUACCUUGUAUGGUUCACCAAAGUACUUGUUUAUCCUCUACACUCUCUGGAUGAGCUUCUUACUUCUGGUCUAUUUUAUUUUGAGCUACCGCGCUGAAGGUCGCCGAGAAUUUUAUCAUGGUGGAGCUCGGUCUGAAGCUGGCCGCACCCGGGUGACUGAGUCUGAAUAUUUCUCCCAAGAACCAAGACAUGAAAAGAGUGGUUGGAUGAUAUGGCUCGGUCCUCUUGCAGCUGGUGCGGGUAUCUGGGCCUUGAUGCGUGGACGGAAGAAGAAUAAGGAGCGCGACUAUAGCCCCAGCAGGUCCCGGUCGUUCAUUAGUAGCCGUGGGCCUGAAGUCCUGCCUUCUCGUCAUGGUUCGGCAAGUUAUGUCAGCGAAAAAUAUUCCGAACCACCCAGAAAGAGCGGUGGCGGCUUCAUGAAAGUCAUCGGAACGGCGGCCGCCGCCAUUGGCGCUGGUAAGCUCGUCUCUGGCAUGAUGAACCGACGAAAUGAUAGACGCGACGAAGAAUACUCUGCCGUUUCAACCGAAACUCCACGUCGGCACAACUCUCGACGAGACGGGACCACUCUCAGCGAAUUUAGCAGUGAUUACACCGAUUAUCCUCGCCGACAAGAUGAGACCCAGACAUCGUUGUUGCCCCCUUCAGCACCGCCUCCUGGAAGAGGUGGUCCUGGACGGCCCGUGACCCCCCAACCACUCCAUUCUCGUGGCCGUGGCGAAUAUGAAGAUUCUGAUUACUCCUCAUAUGUUAGCCCAUCACGACGCCAACAGGAUGGCGGACGCGGAGGUGGUUUGGCCAAGGGUAUUCUGGGAGGCCUGGGAAUGGGUUGGUUUGCCAAGAAGCUUGCAGAUAGACGAAGCAGAAAAGAGGAUGACAGAAUUCGUGAUGAAGAGGACAUGAGGUCCGGGCUUUCUGGUUCUCGCUUUACCGGCGAUGGAUAUCCAUCCCCAUCCAGAAGAGACUCUCGACGGCCACCCCCGGUCAGGCGAGCGACGGGACAUCCUGGAACUUCAAUCUUAUCGGAGACGGACAUGACGGAGUCGUCUAUCGAACCACGAAAUGUAGGAAGCUCGUAUACCGCCGGGCCUACUUCAACACACACCGGGACUGUUCCUCCCAUUGUUCCUGUUCCGGUUCCCGGUUCAGGUGGUCGUUCCAGAUCCCGAUCCCGAUCCCGCGCCAGAAGUGAUUCUGUGUCCAUGCCUCCAAUGCCAGGCGAUCCUCAUGGCAUUUUACAUUCAGAGGCAGAUUCCCAGUCGCAAAUGUCGUCAAUAGACAGUCAUCCUCAACGUCGUCCGUCUGAGAGGCGGAGGCGUGCUGGUGAACGCGCAGCAGCAAAGGCGGCCGCUCGUGCCGGUGGGCUGGCGGCUUCGGAGAGGGAACGAUAUGGAUCACCCUCCAGCCAACCAGUCAGUGUUAAAGUGAAGAUGCACGACGACAGGGAUAGGAAUGUAACGCUGCGUCGCUUAACAGAGGAAGAACAAAGAGCUGGAUCAGCGAGGGCCCGAACAGACUCGGAGAGCAGCGAAGCAGGACUGGGUUCGCCAAGCAAUGGCCGUGGCUACAGGCGAGACUCCAGCCAACGAAGAGCAGAGCGUUCAGCAGAGCGAAGAGUUGAGAGCGAUCAAUUCGCUCCCUUGUCGCCACCCCAUCCGGCAUUUGCAAAGGGAUCUAGACGACCGAAGGACUCAGCUUAUUACUCUGGACAACCACAGCCAGGACAGUUGGGCUCAUCACCAAUGGGUCCUGAAGCAAUGUCCAGCAUGGGAAGUGGCACUGGCACCUGGAGUCAGAUGAGUCCGUCACCUAGCGGGCCAGGUAAAGGCACCGACUCGGUGGCUGCAGACGAUAGGCGGCGUCGACGUCGACUGGAACGACGAGGUGCUGGAAGCGCCCGGCCAUCCGAGUCGGACAUGUUUGAUUAG